GCACGUAGAAUCUACCCUCUGCCCAUGCACUAUAUAAAUCCCCUUACUCGCAUUUAUGAGUUCAACACCUCUCUCUCGCUCUCAUACACACACAACUUUGGGACACAAUUAUGGCACCUACUGAUAAUCCCCAUAGUCCAAAGCAACCAUCAAUGAAACAGAUCGUGGAGGAGGCAAAGCAACUAAAGGAGAUCUUUAUCCCCCUCACCACCAUGCAUCUCAUAACAUAUCUGAGAUCCAUGACCUCUGUCCUGUGCAUGGGCAAACUUGGCAGCCUUGAGCUAGCUGGUGGUGCACUUGCCAUUGGGUUUACAAACAUCACUGGCUACUCACUUCUCAGUGGCUUAGCCUUGGGCAUGGAACCCAUUUGCAGCCAAGCCUUUGGUUCUCAAAAUCUUAAUCUUGUUCAUCUCAGUCUUCGACGCACAAUUCUCCUGCUACUCUUUACUUCAUUGCCUGUAUCACUUUUAUGGCUUAACCUGCAACCCGUCUUGGUCUAUUUUAGGCAAGAUCCUUCUAUCACAAAGAUGGCUAGCCUUUAUUCUGUCUUUGCCCUACCUGAUCUUAUCAUCAACAGCUUUCUCCAUCCGCUUCGUAUAUAUCUUAGAUGCAGAGGAAAUACUGCUCCUCUUAUGUGGAGCACCACCAUUGCUGUCAUUUUUCACGUUCCCCUGACCUUCUUGCUUGCUUUUGUACUCAAACUAGGCAUCCCUGGGAUCGCCAUUGCAUCCUGUUGCACCAACUUGAACACACUCAUUUUUCUUCUCAUGUACAUGCUCUACACUGGCUCCUGUCCACCAACUGGAUGCAAACAGGACCUCAUCUCUAAAGGUGACAACAAUGGUCAUUGGAUAACAUUGCUGCGUCUUGCACUGCCAAGUUGUGUAGGUGUUUGCUUGGAGUGGUGGUGGUAUGAGUUCAUGACACUUUCAGCUGGCUACCUUCCUGACCCACAUGUAACAGUCGCAGUUGCAGCCAUAGUCAUACAAACAACAUCUUUGCUGUAUGCAUUUCCGGUAGCACUCAGUGCAUCGGUCUCAACUCGAGUUGGCACCGAGCUAGGAUCUAGAAAGCCAAGUCAGGCACACCUGGCUGCACUUGUGGCCAUGGUGCUGGCCUUCGGGAUAUCACUGGUAGGUCUGGUUUGGACCAUAGUAGGAAGAAGGCUGUGGGGACAAGCUUUCAGUACAGAUGAAGAGAUUUUGAAGCUUACCAUGCAAGUUCUGCCUGUAAUUGGCUUAUGUGAAUUGGGCAAUUGUCCACAAACUACAGGAUGUGGCGUGCUUAGAGGCAGUGCCAGACCCAACACUGGUGCUAGGAUCAAUCUAAUUUCCUUCUACCUUGUAGGUUCUCCCAUUGCCUUAAUUAUGGCCUUCACCUUCCAGUUUGGGUUCUUGGGCCUCUGCUAUGGUCUCCUUGGAGCACAAAUCGCUGCUGCUCUCAUGGCUUUCACUGUGAUCUGGAAUACCAAUUGGGAGGAAGAGGCCCUCAAGGCUAAGCUUUUAGUAGGGACAGAUGCUUGUGAAAACAGGGAUGAUACGUCAAAAGCUGAUACCGACUUCUCCAAGGAAGACCAUACCGAAGUGUAAAGACAAGAGAUGAAAAAUGAAGGGGGAGCAGAGACUUUCUUGUACGUGGAUAGAUUAGUUGGAGAACUUGGUUUUCUGGCCUCUUCCACAUGGAUCUUUUGGUGCAUUACGAGCGCCCUCGUGUCUCUGUGUAUGCAGUGUGUUGCCUCAAGACAUGUACAAAUUCACCUUCAUCAUAGUUCAAUUUUGGUAGCUGCUGUAAUAAUGUAUUGCGAAAAAGAUGAAUUGGCUUUCUUCUUAUGAAGUCUUUUGUUUUCCUA